AUGAAAACAAUCAAAAAUUGUUGGCUUCAUACAAGAAUUAUAUCUUCACGUGAUAAUGAUGGAACAUCUAUCAGUCCUUUUACUUUUGUUGAUAACAAUGAAGCUGUAAAUGAAUAUUUGUUAAAAGCUAAAAACCAUGAAGAGUUAUACCAGCAAUUUAAUGAGGAUGACUUUGUUUAG